AUGGCGAAGAACACGAAGCAGCAAAAGAUCUCCGUGUUGUUAACGAAGCUCGGAGAUCGAGAUACUUUCACAAUGGCGGCUCGAGAGCUUGAUUUGAUGGCUAGACAGAUUGAUCCUACCUCCGGUAAUCUCCAGUCGUUUAUCUCCGUUAUACUCUCCGCCGACACCGGCGAUAAACCGGCCGUUCGUAAGCAUUGUAUUCACUUGCUCGCUGUAUUAUCCGUUUCUCUUCCUCCGAAUUCUCUGUCUCCUUUUCUCUCUAAGAUCCUCGCUCGCAUCACGAGACGCCUCCGUGAUCCGGACUCGUCUAUCCGCUCAACCUGCGUCGCGGCUGUGUCGGCGAUCUCUUCACGGACGACGAAACCUCCGUUUUCUUCGGCGUUUAUGAAGCCAUUGGCGGAUACGCUUUUCACAGAACAGGAGGUUAAUGCGCAGAUCGGAGCGGCGUUGUGUCUCGCGGCGGCGAUUGAUGCGGCGGAGGAUCCGGAUCCGGUUCGGUUAGGGCAAACACUAUUGCCUAAACUGGAGAAGUUGGUGAAGUGCAACGCGUUUAAGGCGAAAUCGGCGGGAGUUGUUGUGAUCGGAAGUGUGAUUGGUGCUGGUGGUGUAUCCGGAGCCACUAUGAGCUCCGGUGGAUUGAAAGGAUUGGUGGAUUGUUUGCUUAGCUUCUUGGUUAGUGAUGAUUGGGCGGCGAGGAAAGCCGCCGCUGAAGCUUUGGGGAAGUUAGCGACGAUGGAGAGAAAUGAAUUAGGAGAGUUCAAGUCUAGAUCCUUGAAGAUUUUCGAAAGCAGGAAAUACGAUAAGGUUAAAGCUGUGAGAGAUGUGAUGAUUCAGAUGAUGGAAGCAUGGAAACAAGUCCCAGAUUUAUCAGAGGAGAUUUCUCCACCCAGAUCUAAUGCUUCUUCUAAAGAUGAUGGAAGUGAUGGACGAUACCCUUCACGCUCUAGAGUUGGUUCAACAUCUGCUAAAUCAAGAACUCGUCUGGUUAACAGAUCGACUCCUCCCGGGAGCUCAAUCGCCACCACUGCUAGGAAUCGUGCUAACAUAAAGAGCAGUGAUCAGAAGAAAAUAAGCUCAGUACCGUCACGUACUAAAUCCAACGUAAGGAGCAGAUUGGACUGGAAAGCUGAAGGAGCUAGUAUUCCCACGGGUGCGCCUCUGGCAGAAGAACGUCAUGCACAUAAUGAAAACACAAAGGAAACGAGUCAUUCUAAUUACGAGAAGAUGCAGAAGUUAGGAGGUGUUGCUAGUACUCUUACUGGCAAUAUUCCACCAUCAUCCGGUGCUACAAUGGCAACAGGACAUCAUGUCAUGUCUGAAAACCAGAAUAGUCGUAACUGCAAAGGGCUUGAAGAUAUGUCUCUGAUCCGUAAUCAGCUUGUUCAGAUCGAACAACAGCAAUCCAAUCUAAUGGAUCUCCUUCAGAGAUUUAUCGGAAGCUCACAGGAUGGAAUGCGUGGUCUGGAAACUCGAGUUCACGGCUUAGAACUUGCGCUCGAUGAAGUUUCUUAUGAUUUAGCAGUUUCAAUUGGGAGAAUGAAUAACUGUUCAAGCAGAAACAACUGUUGUCUCCUUCCUCCUGGCAAUUUCAUUAGAUCCAAAUUCUGGAAGAAACCAGAUUCAAAGUAUUCGGCAUCGAGGCUGUCCACUUAUAGGAACAGAAAUGCGCAAACCAUCGGGAUACAAGACUCGAGGCAGCGGUUUAACGACACUGCUGGAUUUAUAGUCAACCCAUUAGCUGAAAUUCGACCAGAUAAUGGAUCUGCAGUUAUGACUCACAAUUGA